UCGGCGAGAGUGGCAUGCUGUGUCGCCAGGGGUACGGUGCAGCUGUAAUCCUCCUAUACAUUCAGGAACGCUCAUCCUCAACUUCGCCCUUAUCGCAAAAGCGACCUGCCCUAGUCAUGCGUGUCCUCGCUGCACUGUCCGCCCUGCUCGUUGUUGCUGUCGCUUCGGUACACGCCCUCCCUGCUCCCAUCGAAAUCGACGAGGACUUCAUAAGCAGCGCCGGCUGGAAGCGUGAGGCGAACGCUGAAAUGUCAUAGCUAGCAUAUACACGACCGUGCUUUAGCGUUGGCGAGCCUCCGCAAUACACCAAGAUGCGGUGCUAAUGUCGUUCUGUCUUGCGCUGUUCAUGCUGCUAUAUAUACCCUACUUUCUGCUGCUAUGUAUGAAUAUUGCUCAGGGCAAGACUUCCACGGACUUGUCAGAUUAUCUGUAGCGUAUUUAAGCAUAAUAUCAGCAAAAUACGUCGGAAUCUCUCCACAGGCCUCGCGAGCUAACUGGCACGUAGUGAGCUGCUGGACUCCAGUGUCGAUUAUACCGGCUCCAACAAGCGCAAUUUAGAGCAUAACCAUGACCAACAACACUAUGGUGCCAUCACAUAUUGUUGGAGGAUGCAAGUAUACUCAGCUUU